UUCACUUGCUGUGUUGGUAGAGGUAGGAACCCUUUCAAUCUUUCAAAGAAGAAUACCCCUUCAUCUUAUCAGUUACUCCUAGAUAUAGAAGAGAUUAAAGUAUGAUUUUAAAGCUGCACAGGGCUUACUCUGGCCAGAAUAGCACUGGACAGGAGUGCUACAUUAUCUACAUCCUAUACCCAUGGCAGAAAUUGCUAAUCCAACUUGGCACUGUUUCUCCCUGACUCUGGCUAUAGUUGUAGAAUCCAUUUCAUCACAGUACUGGAGGUACCAGCUACUAAUCCAUAGUAAUUAAUUACUCACUGAGUAUGUCAGUUACUGUGCUGAGCAUGUUAUAUAGAUAUUACUUUAAUUAUUACAACAGCCCUGUGCAGUUUUACAGAUGAGGACACCAAUGACCAAAAAAGUGAAAAAACUUGCUCAAGAUCAUAAAAGGUGAAAAGCAGGAGAACCAAGAUUCAAGUACAGAUCUACUUUCCUCCAAAAAUCUCUCACCAAUUAUAAUUUAAUUGUUGGAACUAAUGAUGAAAUGUUAUUGACAUCCCUAUGUAGUAUUUGGCAUUUAAUUUACUUUUAGGAUCACCAGGAUAUACAAAAAAACAACAAAGAAAAGUGAAAGAUUAUCACCAUUGAUUAUUUUGUAGGAAUAAAGAAGGUGAACCAAAAAGGGGGAAACAGGCACAGAAGAAUGUCAGGCAACCAGGAAAGGGAGAGCCAAGGAGUUCCUGAAGACGCUCUGGCUAAGCAAGACACAUCUUCAUUAACUGAUGCUGUAGAGCAAGUUGCAAAGCAACAACAAUCACAAACAACAGAAAUAGAAAAAAACAAAAAAAUUCUGUUUCAUUUGCAGAAUGAACUUCAUGAGCUAGAAAAACAAAAAGCAUCUAUUUCUGCAGAAACUAAAGAAACAGAAAAGCUAAUUUAUCAGCAAGAUGCUGCCAUAGAGAAUAGUAAACUUCAGUGUGAAAACCUGGAAACACAAAUCAAAUCCUUACAUACAGAAAAUGUAAAGCUUAAAUUUGACAUAGAGUCAGCCCAAGAAGAUUUCGAGGAACACACGAUAAGAUAUAAUGAAUACUAUGCAAAAAUAAAAUUGCAUAAAGAUAGUUGGAGGGAGGAAGAAAGCAAAUGGUCAUUUGUGACUGAACUCCAUGAAAAACAAGAUCUUGUAAAAAAACUAAAGACAAUGAAAGAGGAACUUAGGCAAGAUCUUCAGGAUCCAGAAGGAAACCGGAUGAAACAAGUACAGGAAGACAUUACGAAGCUAAAGGAUAAAAUUACAACUAUAAAAGCAUCUAUAAUUGAAAAAACUUGUUUUCUUGAGGAAGAAAAUAAGACACAUGAAAAAUUAAGAAAAGAAAUAGAGGUACAACAUAAGAGAUAUGGUGCAAUUCUUAAGCGUUUGCAUUGUCAGCUGAACAAGCUUCAGUCGAAUAGAAGGCAAUGGCAAUGGAACAUUCAGCACCUAGAAGAAACUGCCGCUGAACUAAGAAAGCGCAUUGCAAUGAAAGAUUAACACGGCUGUAGGACAAUGUAGAGCACAGAGCGUUCCCGCAAAAAUUACGGGACAGAAUGUUGAGAAAUCAUUUGGAUUCUUUUUUGAAAAAUGUAUUUAUUUUUAUUAAAGUGUAGUUGACAUACAAUAUUAUAUUUGUUUCACAUGUGCAACACAGUGGUUCUACGUUUAUAUAUCUUACCAGUGAGCUUCCACUAUCAGAGGUCUGUCUUAAUGACAUAUAUUUUCUCUUUCUUGAAUUAGUCCUUCCACCCCUACAAUUGAUAGCAGAAGAUAGACAAUAGGAAUGCUUACAGAAGAAAAGUAGACUCUAUGAACAUUUUUCGUGUAUAAGAUGUACUCACAAAUGCCUGUUUAUAAACUGUUGCCUUCACUAUUAUAUGAAGUAAAAAUUUAGAAGAAAAGAAACACUUGAAUUUACAAUGAUUUAAAUUAUUAAGAUAUUUAAAUGGUUGUCUGUUUCAAACUUUAUUAGAACUUGGUUUUUUUACUACUGCCUUCAUAGCAGUCCAUAAAUACUAACAUUUAAAUAAUGCCAUAUGUUCAAUGCCUCACAUAUGUUUCUUAGUUUUCUCUUUCAUUCAGAAGCUAGCAAUCACUUUGUUAUUAGAUAACAUAUUUUUUGAGUGUUGCAAAGCAUAAAUUUUUUGUUCAUGUUUCUGUCUACAAAUUCUUUAUUACUAUUCUAUGACUAAAGAAACAUUGUGUAAGGCAAACUUAUAAGCUCUUAAAAGAAAAAUGUUAACCAAUAUAGACAAACUUUAUUUUUGUUUGUUUGUUUUAUUGAAAGGCAAAUUCUCUGUCCAUGGCAACAAAUAAAAAUUUUACUUGUCCCUUUUAAGGUAAAA